AUGGGCUCUUCGGCUUCUAAAGGCGCAAAGGCUGCUGGCUCUGCCGCACGGCAAUACCCUACCAGGGCUCCUACAAGUACUACACAACGGGCUCCCGCGCCUUCCGCACCUGCACAGGCUCCUACAAGGGGACCGACUGUACAUCCUGAGGUGCAGGCUACAGGAGAAAAGACGGAAGCUGUCUUACAAGAUGCGCGCGAUCCUGCCUUCGCAUCUCGAUUGAGCAGUCUCGGUGCUGUGCAACCAAACCCACACUACUCGCCUUCCUCUCAAUCGCAGUUCGAUCCUCGUCGUAACACCUCGCCCAAUUUGCCCUCGGAUACCAUGAUGCAAUCGCUACCACAGUCCGCGUUCCCAGACCCGCGCAACAACCCUGUACUGCGAGUACUAGAGGCAAGACAAAAGAUAGCAGAUCAGGCGGAAGACGAGUUGCGAGACGUAGGUAGGAGAGGUUUCCAAGGGAGAACAUAUGUGGAUGCUGGUGUCAUAACAUUGGCGAUGAUGAGACAGGCCAAGGGAGAACCCGAUUCGAGGAUUGAAGACGCACUAGGAAUCAAGAGGGGCAGGCUGAGUGUGUUGGGCAAAGGUACGGUGGAAGCUGUAGCCCUGGCCUGA